UCUGUGCAUAUAGUCGACACUUGUAAAUAAGGGCCAGGGUUUACAAGCAAAGCCAUUUCCCUCUUGUGCCGUGCCGUCGCCGUCUCCGUCGCCAGUUCUCUAACCGUCAUAUCCGGCCACCAUUUUCAACUGUCGCUAUCUACUGUAAUCGAAAAUUUCGGAAUCCGAAGAAAAUGAAUUUCUUGAACUCAGCAGCAUCCUUAUGCAGAAGAGUUAGUUUGAGGGAAUUCAUCACCGAGGUCCCUGCUUACGGUGGCAGUGGCAUUUCCGAUGGUUCUUCAAGUGGAUUAAGUUUGGUCUUUAAGCGUUGGGCUACUAAGAAAACCGCUGGUUCCACCAAGAACGGUCGUGACUCCAAACCCAAGAAUCUCGGCGUCAAGAAGUUCGGAGGAGAGAAUGUGAUACCUGGAAACAUAAUAGUCCGUCAACGCGGAACUAGGUUUCAUCCGGGAGACUAUGUCGGGAUCGGGAAGGACCAUACUCUGUUUGCAUUGAAAGAAGGACGAGUCAGGUUCGAGAAAAACAAGAUAACUGGACGCAAAUGGAUUCAUGUUGAUCCUAAGGGAGGUCAUGUUCUUCACCCUAUCUACACUAGAGCUGCAUCCGCCAAGUUGGCUCAGAUGGAGACAGCUUCGUCGUCGUGAAAAAACAAAGAAUUCAGACAAAUCUAAAUGUGUCUUCUUUUGUUAGAUCAUACGAUCUCUGUGACUACAAAGAUGGUGGUUUCUCAGAACGGCAACACUCAAUUCAAUAAACAUCUGCUGUUUUGUUUUGGUCUUUUAUUCUUUGUCUGGAGACUCCGGAUACUGAUCAUUGGCUUGUUAACUCAAUGCAUACGUUCAGUUCUUCAUAAGAUUGUCAAGUUUUUUUUCUGUA